AUGACAAUUCGUCGUUUAAAUGACUCGGCUAUUCGCAAACUUCGAGCUUCUUUUAUUUCAACUAUUGCUCAGUGCGUCGUCGAACUCGUUCAGAAUAGCCUUGACGCGUUAGCCACGUCCAUAGAAAUUCAUGUAGAUUUGAUGAAAUUUUUUAUUCAAAUUACUGAUAAUGGAUCAGGAAUUACACCAGAUGAUAUGAAAAAAAUUGCUACCUCAAAAUGUCAUACCUUAGAAGAUUUGGCACGUGUAAUCACUUAUGGUUUCCGCGGAGAAGCCUUAUCUUCUUUGGCUGAAGUCUCAAUCUUGGAAAUAAUAAGUAAACAUCCUGAUUGCUACGACACAUAUUGCACUAUUCUGAAGGGUGGUCAGCGUCUUCAAUAUGGACCGACACGAUGCAGACGUAGAAAGUCCGGGACUAUAAUUAUUAUUCGUGAUUUAUUUUACACUUAUCCUGUCCGUCGUAAGCAUUUAUCAGAGAAUAAAUUCAUCAAUGAACUCGAAAAUGUUAAAAAAUCAAUAGAAUCUUUAGCAUUAAUUAAUCCUCAAGUGACUUUCACUUUAAUUGACGCAUUAAGAGAUAGAAAAAUUGUUACUACAAGAAAGGUUGCAAAUAGUAUUUAUACUUUUCAUCAGCUUUUUGGAUCAUCUUUGUCGCAGAAUCUUGAAUCAGUAUACGCAGAAGAAGACGACAUCAAAAUCGAUGGAUUCCUUUCCCUUAGAGGGUUUCAUACGAAACAUCAUCAAUAUUUUUACGUUAAUAAACGGUAUAUAGAUUAUAAUGAAGUACACAAAUUGAUUGAUGACAUGUUCAAUCAAAGUAGUUUUGGGAAAAAGAACUAUGAUGAACCUUUGGAAUACGGAUCGGAUUCUCCAUCAAAAUUUAAAAAAAGCUCUAUGACAAAGUCUCUAGAAAAGUAUCCGAUAUUCUUCAUUCAUCUCACUUGUCCAACAAUUAAUUAUGAUAUAUGUUUGGAUCCAGCAAAAAAUAUAAUAGAAUUUAAGAAUUGGUCCAAAAUUUUAGGCCUUUUAUCUGCACUAGUAUCUCAAUUUCUGGUGCAACAUGGUUUUUCAUUACGUGAGAUUGAGCCAAUACCAAGUUUAGAUGAUAAUUCUACCAUUUCAAUAAUUAAUCAGGGACCAAUCAAUCAUAAACGCGAUUUACCACUUUCUCUUGAAGAUAUAUUUCAUAUUAAAAGUGGAGGUCAGAGUCGGUACACAUUUCAAGAUAAAGAAUUUAAGAGAGGUUUAUACGACGUUAGCCACUGUGAUGAUCUUACCGAAGAUAACAAAGAUUCAGAGAAUAACUUCAGAGCGAAUCGACCAAGUUCUCAAGAUUUAAUUACCAGGAAAUCAAAAUCACACUCUUCUAAUGCAAACGUCAAAUUAAAAGCUAAAAUAGAUCGAAGUAGACUUAGAACAUCAAGCUUUCAUAAAGAUGAUGACAAAAUUAAUAAUUCGGGAGCGAUGUCUUGGGCAAAAGAGGCUUUUGAGAAAUGGAAUAAUCCCGUUUUCAAAAGCACGGAAGUUCCAAUUCCUAUGCUUAAAGUAAUGACUGCAAACAACAAAUUUUCCAUCACUAGCAAUUUUUUCUCAACUCGUACAAAUGUUUCGGAGCAUCGUUUUUGUAAAAAAGAUAUUGAGCAGGCUAAAGUUAUAGGACAACUUGAUGAUAAAUUCAUUGCUUGCAAGUUACCUUGUACGCAAAAUAUUGAUCAAAGUAUAGAUGAGAAUGGAGUUGUUGAACAAAGAACACGUAAUAUUUUGGUCCUUGUUGACCAACACGCAGCUGAUGAACGCGUGCGUGUUGAGAUGUUAAUGAAAGAAUUUUGUGAAUUUAAGCAACCGGAUCGAAUGGAUAUUGAUGGUGAAAUGCAGCAAGCUACUUCAUUUGUUGAAACAAUUCAACUUAAACCAUCAAAUAAGAUAAUUUUAACAUUUAGGGAGGCACAAGCUAUCAGGAGAUUUGAAGGCAACUUUAAUAAAUGGGGAAUAUUUUUUAGUGAUAAAUGUGAAGCCAAGUCCGAUAACAUGCCUAAUACGUCAACCACUUCUUUUGUUUCGCCGCAUUUCAUUUCUUCAAAAGAGGGAGACAUUAUUCCGAUCUAUGUGACUCAUCUUCCGAAAAUGAUUGCUGAUCGUUGUGUAUUAGAUACAAGAAUGACACAAGAACUUAUUCGUCAGCAUCUUUAUUGGUUAGAAGAUACAGGCGGGAUUGGCAUCGAUUUUAGCACAAAUGAUAAUACUGAUUUAUCUAGAGAAUGGCGGACAAUGAUAAGAAAAUGUCCAAGAGGCAUCGUUGAUAUAUUAAAUUCCAAAGCCUGUAGAGGUGCUAUCAUGUUUAAUGACAAUCUUUCAUUACAAAAAUGUGAAGAGUUGAUAAAAAAACUUGCAGAGUGUGAUUUUCCAUUUCAAUGUGCACAUGGGAGACCAUCAAUGGUUCCGGUACUGUACAUAAAUGGAUCUCAAAAUCCUAUUUCGGUAUAUGGUCAAUCAAAUAAUUGUGAUUGGAAAAAGAUCGGAAUAAAAUCUCUCGAGCAGACUGAUAGUCAAGAAACAGAAAGUAGUUGGAAACGACGAAAAAUAAAUUUGGAACGAUAUCGGAUGUAA